AUGGGCAUUCGCGGAAUAUUGCCACGUUUAUUCUCCGAGCCCACAUAUUCCACGCAAGGCGCUAUUGCCUUCCUAGUGAAACAUGCGAGGCAAUUUUCAAUUUCGCUCGAAAUCCAUCUGGAGCAGAAGUGCAUCUCGACCCUUCCUGGAAACGUACAACUGCUGAGGAGGUUCGCCAUUAGAACGGACAUGGGUGAACGAACAGAUGGCUAUGUUGCUAUUGAUCACACAAAUCAGGCCAUAAUUGCAUCUUUCUCGAGCGUAGCGUCCGGAAACAGACUGUUCUACACACAUUUCAAUGCUGAGUUUUUCACAAAUAGGCAAGCACAGUUCGAAGGAUCAGACGGACUCGUAAACAGGUUUCUGUACGAAAGCUGGUUCAAACUCUGGUAUCUCCUAGGAAUGGAGAGAACCCUCAAAGCAGUUGUAGAGAACAAUACCGGCUUCGAAGUAUGGUUUAUCGGGCAUUCACUUGGUGGAGCAAAAGCAGAAAUGUCUGUCGUAUCUGUUCUUCUGAAAAAAUUGGUUCCUCAAGAUAAAGUUCGACUGCUCACAUUUGGAGCAACACGUGUUGGCGACAUGUCAUUUGUAAACCUCAUUGAGGCUCUGGUGCCUUAUCGUUUCCGAAUUGUUCAUGGACGAGACAUGGUGCCACGUUAUCCAAGAAAAUUUGACGGCGAGUGGACUCCACCCCAUCAUCAUCGCUACGAGGUGUGGUAUCCGAAUGGAAUGGGUGUUGGAGCAAGAUAUUUUGUAUGUCUCGGUGCAGAGGAUCCACAGUGCAGUACUCGACUUUCACCCUGGGAAAUACGCGCUGCUGAUAAUGACAUUUAUUUUGAAAGAAGCAUGCAACAUUGGGCGAAAUCAUUCUGCAAUGACAGCAUGAUGUACGAUACGCCACGCCCGACAACUUUUGCCAAUAUUCGAGAGCCGAUUUAUGAUAUGUCCUCUAUAAGGACUACACGUCCAACUAUGGCAACUAUUCCUACAACAAGUGCACAUCCACUUAUAAUAAACUCCCGUUUAUUCCCCUUUUGGGAUCUGCUGACCAUUCCAUAUGACAAAACAACUAAGAAGGCAACUACUACUGAAUCGACACGAACGACGACAUCGAUGUGGGUUAUAGCACCAACGACAACUUCAAGUCCAUCAACAACUUACUUCAACAUUCCUCCAACAAUGAGCACAACUCUUCCUACAACUCCAGUCGUGAUUACGUCAACUGAAUCGCCGCAAGAUCAGUUGUCCAAUGUGACUUUAAUUGAUCACUUCCCUGAAACAAGGAUAAGCAAUAUGUCAACUCGUCCCGUAGCCAACGACACAGGAUUAUUGUCGGAGAAAGGAGAAGCACAAGAUAAGAUAGAGAGCUUGUUGUCGCUGCGUUAA